AUGGUGGCAUGUUGGAAACAGAAAUGGCGCGAGCAGUGGAACAAAAUCAAGAGGCAGUACCUGGAAGAGGCUGAUGCUUCGGACCACAGUGGGCAGGAGCUGGCGAGGAUGCGCUGCUCCUGGACACGUACAACUUGGUGGGUGUUUCUUGCAAUAAACCUGCCCCGCUUGCUGUUGCGACAAGUGCGGCGAUCACGUGGGGACCAAACUGGGGAAGAGUUUGAACUUGGACUUCUUUGGGUGUGCGCCAUGGGGCUGGUGCUAGUGUGGUGUCCACGACUGAUCAAUCCCUGCAGCCAGGAUGUCUUGUACAUGAUGGCGGCCUUGGGCAUGGAUGCUGCAAUUGUGAUUGCGGGGUUGUUUCAGAGCAUCGAUGUCAGGGACGUGAUCACUCUCACCUUUCCCGGCCGCUUCAUGUAUGCGGUGCUGGCGAAACGCGCGUCCUGCGUGGUCUUUUGCAUAACCGCACACUUUCUCCAAGCCAUCCAACUCACCGUGGCUCAAGAUGCUCAAGGCACAGAGUCGGCCAUCCCCAUCCCAGGCCUGCUCCCCAUAUUUCUGGCGAUGUUUUGGGGCAUUUUGGCCGUACGAAGGCUCCUGCUGGAGAAUGUGCUCCUGAGGGUGGACGUGCAGAAGCGGACCGUGGAGCUGGGGGCGGUCUCCUCCUUACUUGCUGCGUGCUACGAUGCAGUGCUAGAGGUGGAUCAAGGAUUAAGGCUCGCACACGAUUCGCCCCAGCUCUCUUCCAUGCUAUUGCGAACGCAAAGGGCGUCAGGUUUGUCUGGGGAGGUGUUGCCGAACUUGUUUCACGAGGAGGACAGGGCUCGCAUUUCGGAGCAAUUUCGGACUUCCACCAGCCAAUCUGCAACGGCGUUGAAUGCAGACAUACUGGACUCGGAUUUCAACCGUGUGAAGGUUGAGCUGGUAUGCGUGCAGUUCGACAACUUGACAAAUGACAGGUGCUUCCUGGUGGGUAUACGUGAGAUACAGGACUUUGAACGUGGUUCGCUUGCUGCAGCUCCAGUACAUCCACCCACCAGCAGCGCUGCGGAUUUUUGCCUGGUUUUCGACUUGCAGUCGCUCGAAAUCCAAAUCAUGAGUGAUGGGAUGAAGCAGUUGUGCAAGUCGUUGCACCCGAGCAACAGCAUGCCGGACAGCAUUCUGGACAUUGUAAGCCCGGAGAGCCACUUGUCUUUGCGCAGUCAACUGCAGCUCCUGAAGGAGUCAGACGAGGCGGCUGCUGUAACCUUAAAGCUGCUGGGAGUUGGCGAGCGGCAAGCGUCCGUGACCCGGGAGUACGACCAUUUUUUGGAGCGCUGGGUUGCCAACAUGUUUAUUCCCACGGCGACUUUGACUCAAUCCAACCUCCGAAGUUUAUCUGACGAGCGUGGACAGCAUUUCGGACGUGGACGCUCGGAUCACUCAAGCCUGAGCUCUCGGAGCUCGCGAUCCCGGCGUUCCCGUUCUCUUCGAUCCAGCUCCCGGGCUGAAAGCCGUGCAGCCGACCGCGCUGGUUCGAUCACUCAGCUGCAUGUUACCAUGAUCCCGCUCUAG